AUGGACGAAGUCAGUAAUGCACAAAUAGUUGUUAUAGGAGAUGACAUUUGCAGGAGAGCGGGUAUUACAACAACCUGGAUUAAUAACAACAGAUUUGGAAUUCACGCGUACAAACAUAUAGACAAAGACUCGCAAGAUACUCAAAGUCAGUUUGCACCGUGUGAUGCCAAAGUGCACUUUCUCAGACCAGAAGUUAUAUUGUUUUCACCCCUCUUGCGUAAAUUGGUCAACGAGAGCAAUGGUGUUUUCUUGUCGGUUCAAAAUCUUAAAUCCUUGUCUGGUGAUAUCCGGCCAGAGCUGCUUAAACACAGCAAGCAAUACAGAUCCAUCUUGAGAGCUUGCGUGGAAAAUUUACAGGAAAUCUUGCCGAAGGAACCAUUGUCAGAAGAGAAGAUAGUGUUGGAAAAUUUUCUCACUAUAUUUUAUCAAGUGGAGUGCGUUUGGCACUUAACGGAAAUCCUUUACGUGGAUAUUGUUCCAGGUGACGUCAUACUACCGCAGGUGCUAGACUGGAUCAGCUUCCACUUCCCUUCGAGGGAACUGCUCGCGGCAAAAGUAUUGUCGCAGAAAACUGUCGGCGCGGACUUGGAGAAUUCAAAUUACUGGGAGAUCGUGAUGGGCUGUGCGUUCCAUGGGAAAUUAAACCUGGUCAGCCGUCUUCUCGCCCUGCACAGUAAGGCGGACCAUUCGGCGUUCAUCACUGCGGAUGACAUUAUCAGGACAAUGCCGGUGUACAAUGUGUACGGCGGAUAUUCCGUGAAUGAGUUUCUCAUGCAGUGGAAACACUGGCAGAUGGAUCUUUGCUCGAAUCUGGAAACCAAUUGCUUUGUCAUAGACAGCAACUUGGAAACUCUCAUGAAGUUACUAGCAGGAGACGAGUCGGUGCUGUGGGAGUAUUCCAUGUACACGGAAGCGUGGUACGAAUUACUGGCGGCAAAAUUAUUUUACUCGGCUCCCUGCUGCAAACAGCCGGAGCUCUCGCGCUACGCGAACAGCGUUGCCGAGAGGUGGCAAGCUAAUAGGCACCUGGACCGCGUAAUCCUCGCUUUAAUGGAGAACGAUUUGUAUCAAGUCAUCAAGGAGAUACAAUACAUGAGCGACAAUGGCUGGUUCGCGGCUCAUUUGAUGGACUUGUUGUACAAAUGCGGGAAAUUGAAUAUUCUGAGCAAGGACAAGUCCAACGUGACUGCACAGCUUCACGAAUCGGUCAUACUAGAGUACGGAUCCACGUUAAUGGGUCAUCGCUCGUUGUGGCAAUGUGGCGCGAGCUACUUGGUACAUUGCCCCAUACAAGGUUUAGCAAGGCUAGAAAUUCUAUUGCAGUCACUACCGACCGGCACGGAAGCGAGGAUUAACAAAAUUAUCGAUAUAGCACGAGACAAUAACAUGCCGCACGUUGUUACCAGUAUAUGCAAGAUUCAAGGGAUGAAGAGCAUAAAGCAAGGAAGAUUGGGCAACGCUCUUACGUGGGCGCUCAAGGCACAUGACGGUAACUUCACCACGUACAUCGCGGACGAGUUUCUGAAACAUUAUGCGGAGCACGGGGAGCUGGAAUGCCGCGACUUGUUGGAAAAUUUGGGCUCCUGCAUGUUGGCUAGUGAUAGACUCACAUUUCUGGGAAAGUAUUGUGAGUUUCAUCAAAUGUAUGGGAUUGGUGAGUUUCGAGAAGCAGCGAGUUUAUUGGUCUCCCUCCUGGUUUCGAAUCUGACGCCGAAAUAUUUCUGGUCUAUUCUUCUCACGGAUGCCAUACCACUGUUGGAAGCAGAAGACGUGAUCUUCUCCUCCAACGACUGUUACGAGUUGCUACGUUGUGCGGAAGCUCAUGGUGAUGAUGCGAAAUUUCAAGACAAAAUUUCCAUCUUCCGGCUAGGCGUCGCACGAAAUCUGGCACGAGCUCUAAGCUUAGAAGGUUGCCUGGUUGAACAUUAACGUUAUUUAACGUUCAUUGUCACAAUCGAUCUUCGUUAUAUAAAGUAAUAUCUUUUUAAAUAAAUUUAUAAUUAUCUUUAUA